GCUUUCUUUUUUUCUUCUCUUUCGUUUUUUUUGUAUAGAGAGACAGGGUAUUAUUGUUCUUCUUGUUGUUUUGGAUGGCUGAGGUGGAGAUAGAGGAGGUGAGUGGUGCUGCAGGCUUCGGCGGUGUUAACGGAGGUGCACAACCUCCUCAUCAUCAUCAUGAAGGGAAUAUGUACUUGGUGUGGGAAGAUCUGACGGUGUUGCUGUCCAACUUCAGUAAUGGACCAACCAGGAGAUUGCUUGAUAGGGUUACGGGAUGUGCUCAACCUGGUAGAAUCAUGGCCAUCAUGGGUCCUUCUGGCUCUGGAAAAUCCACUCUACUCGAUGCUUUAGCAGGUAGACUAUCUGGAAAUGUUGUGAUGACUGGAAAUGUUCUUCUUAAUGGAAAGAAGAGGCUAGACUACGGUAGUGUGGCUUAUGUGACUCAAGAGGACAUACUUUUGGGAACACUAACAGUAAGAGAGACCAUAACUUACUCGGCUCAGUUGAGGCUACCAUCAUCUUUGACCAGAAAAGAUAUUGAUGACAUUGUGGAGGGAACAAUCACAGAAAUGGGUCUCCAAGAGUGUGCCGACCGGCUUAUCGGAAACUGGCACCUACGCGGCAUAAGUGGCGGGGAGAAGAAAAGGCUAAGCAUUGCACUCGAAAUCCUCACGAGGCCUCAUCUCUUGUUUCUUGAUGAACCUACAAGUGGCCUAGACAGUGCCUCUGCGUUUUUUGUGAUACAAACUCUUAGGAACGUUGGCCGUGAUGGCAGGACUAUCAUCACUGCAAUCCAUCAGCCGAGCAGCGAAGUUUUCUCACUUUUCGAUGACCUGUUCCUACUCUCUGGUGGUGAACAAGUUUAUUUUGGGGAGGCAAAAAUGGCUGCAAAGUUCUUUGCUGAAGUAGGAUUCCCAUGUCCGAGUCGGAGAAAUCCUUCGGAUCACUUCCUUCGUUGCAUAAAUUCUGAUUUUGACAUUGUCGCAGAGACUCUAAAGGGAUCUCACAGUGUGAUCGAACUUUCAAAUACAUUAGAUCCUUUGACAAACCUAACAACAGCACAGAUAAAAGCAUUGCUCGUUAAGAAAUACAGAAGCUCAGAUUAUGCGGCAAAGGCAAAAGCGAGAAUUCGAGAAAUUUCAACCAUUGUGGGACUCGUUAUUGGAAAAAAACACAGCAGUGAAGCAAAAUGGUUGAAACAACUAUCAACUUUGACAAACAGGUCCUUUGUAAACAUGUCUAGAGAUUUGGGGUAUUACUGGUUAAGGAUAGGAAUCUAUGUGGCCUUAUCUAUUUGUGUUGGCUCUAUUUUCUUCAACAUUGGAACAAACUACAAUGCAGUCUUAGCUCGUGGUGCCUGCGGCGGUUUCAUAUCAGGUUUCAUGACAUUCAUGUCCAUAGGAGGCUUCCCAUCCUUCAUUGAAGAACUCAAGGUUUUUUAUCGAGAAAGGCGCAAUGGACAUUAUGGGGUUGCUGUUUAUAUACUCUCAAAUUUCCUCUCCUCAUUUCCAUUCUUGACUGUGAUGUCCCUUGCUACUGCAUCAAUUACCUAUUACAUGGUGAAGUUCCGGCCCGGAAUUUCACAUUUCAUGUAUGUCGCACUCGAUCUCAUUAGCUCCAUUGCAACCGUAGAGAGCUGCAUGAUGAUGAUAGCAUCAUUAGUUCCCAACUUCAUGAUGGGAGUCAUAAUUGGAGCCGGUUAUAUAGGUUUACUGAUGAUGACAGCCGGAUAUUUCCGAACGCUGCCGGAUCUCCCGAAGAUAUUCUGGCGUUACCCUGUUUCAUAUAUCAACUAUGGCGCAUGGGCAUUACAGGGAGCAUACAAGAAUGAUAUGGUCGGGCUUGAGUUUGAUGGCUUCAUACCUGGUGGUCCGAAACUAAAAGGCGAUGUCGUCCUCACAACCAUGCUUGGCAUCAGUCUGGAGCAUUCAAAGUGGUGGGAUUUAGCAGCUGUUUUGAUGAUUUUGAUAGCUUAUAGAUUGCUUUUCUUCAUCAUUCUCAAGUUCAAGGAAAGAGUCUCACCUUUGUUUCGGACUCUUUAUACGAAGCGAACGAUACAACACCUCAAAAAACGACCUUCUUUUAGGAAAACAUUAGCCUUCCCAUCCAAGAGGCACCAAGUUCUACAUUCAUUGUCUUCUCAAGAGGGCCUAAACUCUCCAAUUCACUAGAAGAUUCAAUUACAUAAACAAGGAAAGGAGAUUAUAGUAGCAUUACUUAUAAAAUCAUGGAUAUCAGCUUUAUUUUUAUUUUUUUUCAGUGCUUCUUCAGCGACUUUCCUUC